CCACUGCAGCUGCUGUGAAGUCCCCAGCACAGAAGAGCCAGAGGACCAGACUGACCAGCACAAGAUCAGGAGCCCGCGCUGACCACUACCCAGACACUCACUCCGCUGGGACAAAAUGAGGAGCUGCAUGGGUCUGGUGCUCGCCGCUCUGUGCGCUUUGGCUGCCAGCGGAGAUGUCAAGGAGCUAUCCAUCACCACCAUAAAGGAAGAGCCAUAUGCCAUGAGUCACGGCAGUGAGCUGGAGGGCUACUGCAUCGACCUGCUGACCGAGCUGGCCAAACGGGUGGGCUUCACAUACAAGGUCCACCUGGUGAAGGAUGGGCGCUAUGGGGCCAUAGACCAAAGCGGCCAGUGGAGUGGCAUGAUCGGAGAGGUUAUCCGAGGGGAGGCAGACCUGGCGGUGGCCCCCCUCACCCUCACGUCAGUGCGGGAGAGGCACGUGGACAUGAGCACCCCGUUCCUCCAGACUGGCCUGGGCUUCAUCCUCAACAAAGAUCUGGUGACCCACGAGAGUGCGCUCAGCCUGCUGGCACCCUUCUCCGCCGACAUGUGGGUGGGGCUGCUCAUCGCCUUCCUCCUCACUGGACUCUCCAUCUUUCUCGUCUGUAGGAUGAGCCCGUCUGAGUGGGCAGAGCCGGAUAAGGAGCAGACGACCUUCACUCUGCUGCACAGUUUCUGGUACAUCACCGGAGCGCUCACUCUGCAGGGCGCUGGCCCUCACCCUAAAGCUGUGGCUGGACGUGUGAUCACUGCCGUCUGGUGGCUGUUCGCGGUACUGCUCCUAGCCUGUUAUUUUGCCAAUUUCUACGCCAUGAUCCACACGGACAAAAAGCACGCGUCCAUCAGGACUUUCAGCGAUCUGGCCAAUCAGGACGUGAUUGAGUAUGGGGCUGUGGAGGGGGGCUCCACCUCACAGUUCUUCAAGACGUCCAAGAUCGCCCUGUACCAGCGCAUGUACGAGCAGAUGGAGAAGAGGCGGAGCUUUGUGGCAAACAUGGGGGAGGGGAUGCGGCGGGCUCAGGAGGGGAACUUUGCAUUCAUUGGAGAGGCCGUGUCCCUGGACCUGGCGGUGGCCCGGUACUGCUCCCUCACUCGCUCUGAGGAGGUAGUGUCUGAGAGGGCAUACAGCAUUGCAGCACCCAGAGGAUUCCCUCUGAUGAAGAACCUGUCCAUUGCCAUCUUGGAGCUGAGUGAGUCUGGGACGCUGGCUUACCUGAGGAACAAGUGGUGGGCGCGGAGCUGCAUGGAGGACCAGGAGGGAGGCUCCCUAGAAGCACAUGACCUGAGGGGACUCUUUGUGCUGGGGCUGGGGCUGGGCCUAGGGGUCUUGCUGGCUCUGCUGGAGCUUCUGACUAAAGCUCACCGCCAGGCCAAGGACGACAAGAGGUCAUGCUGCUCUGUGCUGACGUCAGAACUGGGCCGGCGUUUCGGAGGGGCAGCGGAGAGUGCGGAGGCGGAGUCUGAAAAGAGCAAAGCCUGAAGCUCCACCAGGUCCUGUGGGUCCUGCCCUUAACAGCCCUGUCAGUAACCCUGUGUCUCUGUUAGUCUGGGUUCACCUUAUACUGUCAGCAUUUGAAAUGGAAGGAAAGGAUCUACAUGUUUCUAAAGAAAUAUUCAAAUAGUCAGAUAGUUAUUGCAGAAAAAAUAAAAUAACCAUAAACCAGGUCAGAGUGUAAGCAAUAUGAAGAAAGAACAAAUUGCACCACAGAUUUCUGACUGCCCUCCAUCUCAAAUUUGAAACUCUUUAGGCUCUUUAGAAUGUCAUGUCAUUUGGACCCAAAAUCCCUGUCUCCAUGUCCCACUCAUUCUCAGCUCUGUAGGCAGAUUUAAUGUUACAUGUACUAACAGUAGAAUACUGUGAAUGCUGUGUUUUAUUUUGCUUAUUUGUGUGAUAAACCUGAUGACUGUUUUGUGCUUUAUUCAUGAUUAAACCAG